GUAAAUUUCAAGAACACAUUCUUAAAAGCUGGUGAUUCUUUCUGUUUAGGGCCUUUUUGAAGGCCUUUAAUUCAAAAAUCCCUUUUUCGAAAAAUCAGAAAAUUGGAAAUACAAAGAAGCAAAAACAAAAUAGCAAAAAUCACGCGGAGGGAAACACCCGCAAUUGCCGCAACCUCCAGCUCCCACUGUGCGCGCCAUAGCUGAUUUAGGUUAGGGUUUUCAAUUCAGCCCCAAAUUUCUCUGAAACCUUGAAAUGCGGCCCAAUUGCUGCCACAUAUCCCUUGCGUUCGUGCUCAAAUUACUCAACUUUCUUCAAGCCUUCAUCGGCGUCUCAAUCCUUGUCUACUCGGCAUGGAUGCUCAACCAGUGGAACCACCAUAUUCCGAUAGUCCCGCCACCGCCUUCAGCUCCUUCCCCUGACUCUUUGUCCUUCUCCUCCCUCCGAUUGAGCUCCGACUCGGGGGCGGUUUCCGAUCAAAUCACGCCGUUGGAUUUUGCAGUCCAUUUGGUGUCUGGAUCCGAUGAGGGAUUGGGGUUCGGAUUGAACUCGUUCAAGCUUCCAGCGCCAUGGUUCAUCUACUCUUUUAUGGGACUGGGAAUUUUGCUCUGUUGCGUUAAUUUCAUAGGUUGUAUUGCAGCUACAGCAAUUAAUGGCUGCUGCCUUUGCUUUUACACAAUACUUAUAACCAUGCUUACACUACUAGAAGCAGCUUUGGUGGCAUUCAUUUUAAUUGAUCGCCGUUGGGAAAAGGAUCUUCCAUUUGACCCAACUGGUCAACUUGACAGUCUUCGAUCUUUUGUUAAAGAGAAUAUUGACAUCUGUAGGUGGGUCGGGCUCACUGUCAUUGUAAUACAGGCCUUGUCUCUGCUGCUCUCAAUAACUCUGCGAGGCAUGCUUUCUACUCGCAAACCUGACUAUGAUGUUGAAGAUGAUUCUGAUGCUAGGGCUAGAACUCGGGAGCCCCUGUUAAACCAAAAAUUAAACCAAGCAUCUGGAUCAACCAAGGGUGAUGGGAGAGGGAGUCACUCUGACAUUUGGAGCUCACGGAUAAGAGAGAAGUAUGGAUUGAGCUCUCUGAAUCAGAAUGCGUCAGCGAGUAUGAAAUCCAAGGAGUGAAGAUGGUAAACGGUUUUUUAUCUCACCGAUGAGAAAAACCGAUCAGCGUUGGAGGAAGUUGUGGUGUAUAUAUCCAACUCUCGAGUAGUGUGCUUGCUUGUUUUUCUUGUAUGAAUUGGAUGUGUUUCUGGUAAAAUUUGUUGUCAUUAAAUGUAAAAGAAAGAAAGCUUGUGAUUUACGUAUA